AAUGAAGACACAUUUAAUUAUUGCAUUAAUUCUAGGAUCCAUUUUUCACUUCAUUGUUGAUUUAGAUUUCCUGAAAUAAGUCAUAAAAGUUGAAAACUAUUCUGGAUGUGAAUAUCUAAAUAUAGACAUUCCAGGAGCAGAAGAUAUUCUUUAAUAUGGAGAUCACCUCAUUUUUGCAUCUGGCAAUUUGGCUGAAAUCUUUGCUAAAGGCAUUCCUUAAUAAUAGUAGGCAUCCUUUUACAUUGUGAAAAAUGCUAAUCAAUAAUCAAAACCAAUCUAAAUGCAUAUUUAUGGAUUCCCAUCUAAUAUUGCAUUUUAUCCUCAUGGAUUACAUCUAUGGAAACAUAAUUCAAUAAAUUAUAUUUUCGCAGUUAAUCAUGCAUAUAUUUAUGGUGGAGAAAGAGUUGAAAUAUUCAAAAUCAUUGAUGAUUAACAUCUUGAAUAUCAGCAUUCAAUUAUUAUGGGUCAAUAAUAUACAGGAACUCUAAAAGAUUUGAUUGUAGUGUCUCCUGAUCGAUUUUUGAUCACUAAAUUAAUGCCUUACACCGAUCCAAUUGAAGGGUAAUCAAUAUUUUAAUUGUUAGUCGUAAAUAAUGGGGAUUUGGAAUGAAUAUUAAAAAUUUUGGUGUAAUGACUCUUAAAUUCUAAAAUACAAACAUUUUAGAUUGUUCAUUUGAUAUGAAACAUAUUCAAAUCAUUCCAAAUUGCCAUAUUAUAUCUUCAUAAUCUUUUAGUUGGACAGGAGGUAUAACAUGGGAUUAAGAGAAGACUGUUUGGGUUGGUGAUAAUUUAAGAAAAACAAUUUAUUAAUUUAAAAUAGAAGAAGAAGGUUUAAUAAAAGAAAAUUCAAUAAAAUUACCUCAUCAACCUGAUAAUAUUAAUUAUGAUAAAAUUAAUAAAAGGUUGAUUUUUGCAAUGAAUCCUAAAGGUUAUUAAACAAUUCUUUUACACUUACACCUAAAAAGUAAUGAAUUAAGUAGAGAAUCAAAAUAUUCAACAUGGAGUAGUGUAGGUGAAUAUUCUUUAGAGACUAAUCAAACAAAAAUUAUUUAUUAAUCAAAUUAAUACAUUAGAGGAAUUUCAAAUGCAUUAAUAAUGCAAGGUAAAUUAUAUUUGAGUAGUUGGGCAGAUAUAGCACCGAUGGUCUGUUAUUAAUAUGAAUGAU